AUGGUGCUCGCAAAAUCCAAGAAUGCCGUCGGACUGGGGAAUAGUUUGAUGAAUGAUCGUUUUGGAAAGGGGAAAGGGGCAGAUCGCAAGAAGGUCACAUCAGCAGGAAUUCACAGAAUUAAUCAUGCCACGGGAGAAACGUACGUUACCAACGACCGUAAGGAGGCCAGCUGGGUCAAGAUGCGAUCGGUUACCGAGCAGGCUGCCCUCGAUGAGUUCUUAUCGACCGCGGAGUUGGCAGGCACAGAUUUCACUGCGGAGAAGAUGAAUAAUGUCAAAAUCAUCCAUACCGAUCAGAAGAACCCAUAUCUCCUAUCAGCAGCAGAAGAGCGGGCAGCAGUUGGAAAGCAAAAGGCACACAAGGACCGGUUAACCGUCCCAAGAAGACCGAAAUGGGAUUCUACAACCACUCCCGAACAACUGGACCGAAUGGAGAGAGAUAGCCUCCUGGAAUGGCGACGAGGCCUAGCGGAGUUGCAAGAGAACAACGAUCUGCUUAUGACACCAUUUGAGCGGAAUUUGGAGGUAUGGAGACAACUGUGGAGAGUUAUUGAGAGAUCUGAUUUGGUUGUGCAAAUUGUGGACGCUCGUAACCCUCUAUUGUUUCGGUCAGACGAUCUGGAAAAAUACGUCAAGGCUGUCGAUUCCAGGAAAGAGAAUCUUCUGCUCGUUAACAAGGCGGAUAUGUUAACUUUCGACCAGCGCCAAUCGUGGGCUGAUUAUUUUGAAGCUGCUGGGAUCUCAUACAAGUUUUUUUCUGCCAGUUUAGCGAAAGAGAUGAACGAAACUCGAGAAUUCGAUUCGGAUGAAGAAGAAGGCGAGGAGGAAGAGGAGGAGGAUGAGGCGGAGCCUUCUGGAUCCAAGCUCACGGAAAAGGCCCAAGCUCUUGACAUCAAGGAUGAGGAGCAACCCGAGGAUGAUGACGAUGACGAGGAGCCAGAGGAUGAUAGGACUAGAAUAUUAACAGUGGACGAGUUAGAGGCUCUCUUUUUGUUGCAUGCUCCAGACAACCAAGAUGCCGACUCUGAGAAUCCAAGAAAGACCCAAAUUGGACUUGUUGGAUACCCCAAUGUCGGAAAAUCUUCAACUAUCAAUGCCUUGAUUGGAGCCAAGAAGGUGUCUGUUUCUUCUACACCAGGAAAGACGAAGCAUUUUCAGACUAUUCAUUUGAGUGAUAAGGUCUUGCUAUGCGAUUGCCCAGGUCUCGUAUUCCCUAACUUUGCUACAACCAAGGCAGAGCUCGUUUGCAAUGGAAUUCUUCCAAUUGAUCAACUCAGAGAGUUCACUGGUCCAGCGGGACUAGUUGCUAAACGGAUACCUCAACAUUUCCUAGAGGCUCUCUACGGUAUGAAGAUUCAGAUUCGGCCACUGGAGGAAGGCGGAACAGGUACGCCAACUGCCGAAGAAAUUUUAUCUGCGUACGCGAAGGCUAGAGGUUUUACAAGAACUGGUCAAGGUCAACCAGAUGAAUCUAGAGCAGCCAGAUAUAUCUUGAAAGAUUACGUCAAUGGCAAACUUCUCUUCUGUCAACCGCCUCCUCUGGAUAUCGACCCGCUGGAGUUCAACAAAGAGCUUUACGAUGAAGGCCACCUUCCCGAGAAGAGAAGAUUGGCGCUGGCAUCUAUGGAGUCUCACGCUGACGAUCUAUCAUCGGUUGCCGGUUCAGACAUGAUUCCCUUGGAGCAGGGAGCGAAGUCCAAAAAGCUUGACGGUGCUUUCUUUGCUCAAGGACAAGGGAAUUCGGCACAUCUACGUAUGCCGUUCAAUCACAAGUACACUGAGCAAGGGACAGCCAGCGGCAAGCAACUUUCAGGUCGGAAACAGAAGACUCUGCUUGCUUUAGAGAAAGACUUGGACCCGAAUGAUGUGAAGAUGUUGACAAGUAAGAAGCACUUCAAGAACGGAACUAAGGGCAACGGGAAGCGAAGAGCAGAUUAUUUUAAGGAUUAG